AACAUUGUAUAAUUAAAAACUUUUCGGUAGCUUGAUUGACAUUCAGUUUUACAUUAGAAGUUGUGGUUGUAAAUUUAUGUGAAUAUAAAUAAUAUAAAAAUUGUGUAUUUAUUUGAUUUUAAUAAUUAUUGUGUGUUUUAUUGUAUGAUUAUUUUAAAUUACGAUUUGUGUACGUCUAAAUCAAGUUUUUAUCACUAAUUUUUGUUAUUCUAACAAAAAAAAUAUGCAAAAAAAUUGUGUAGCGGAAUAUUACUAUGAUGAUUAUAAUCCGUUUUUUAUUGACGAUGUAACAUUUGACAUACUUAGAGAUUCGUUGUAUGGUUUACCGCUGAUUACAACGAAUUGUAUUUUAUUAAUGAACACAUUCGAUCUUAAAACUGUCAAUCCUACACAUCCAACAGACGAUCCUGAAGCACCGACUGACGUUAUUUUCUUUUGUAUAAGGUUCAUUGAAAACGAUAAGUAUCAACCAAUUGGAGGACUUUUGACUUACUCUGACAGAGACCAAAGUGACGUCAUAGCUGACUGUAUACAUAGAAUACUAAAAGAUCUGUAUGAAAUGGGCAUUAAUGUUUUGUGUAGUGUUUCACCGCACUAUAAAAUUUUUAAAAACGUAAUUCGGGUACUGAAUCCGGAUAAAAAUUAUGACAAAGAUCCAGAUGUAAUGUACUAUCCUAUAUCUCAGAAAAAUCGCAUGAUCCAUCUUUUCGAUGCGGAAUUGUUAAUGAAUAAAUUUCAUCGUAUAUUCAUGGCAAGAGACAUCGCAUUUAGAACAUCGUAUGGACCUCGCGUCAAUUAUUACGCCAUUUGGUCAGAUAUUUUUUACACAUUAGAUAAAACAGCGGAAUUUAAGGUAUAUUUGAAUUUUUUAUUAUGGAAAGGUUAUUGGCCUAGGAAGGUACAAUAUUUUCCCCAAAGUAUAUGGUUACAUCAUAUAGAAUAUACAUCAAAAGGGUUGUUGUCUCCGCACGCCUAUUCAGGAACUAUUCUACUAAGUGUCAUAAAUGCUUAUAUGGGAAUUUUUUCGUACGAUUUUUUGAUGCCGGAUCAAUUUGAGACCUGUUGGAAAGAAAUAAUGUUUACCUUUGAAAACAUGGCGUUCAUCAAUCACAAAAAUUUUGAAACUAUAGAUAAAAUUAAUAACAUCAAGAUACCUCUAAAUGAACAAGCAUUACGACUAUCCAGUGAAGUAACUGAUAACCGUGAAAACGAAAAAAAGAAAAAUUCCCCUGUAGCUAAACCAAAGAUCGCAUUAAAAGUAGAUACUAAUGAGAAAUUACCUGAAAGAGAUUAUCUAACAGAUUCAAUUGUUACAAAUGAAGUAGUAGAAGAUAAAAGUGAAACUGAUAGUGUAGCUGUAUUAGUACCUCAUUCGAUUCAAUGCAAGAGUAAAAAUUGUACUGGGUGUGUCAUAACUGUUGAUUUAAAUUUAUCAAAAAAACUAGAAGACUUGCACGAAUCCUCUAAUACAGUAAAAACAGUAAUGGGAGCCCAUUUGAUGAAUUGCAAUAAAAAAAAUUGUACUGGGUGUGUUGAAACUGAUUAUCAAACCAAGAAACUAGUAAAUUCUGCAGAUUUACAUGAACCCGCGAUUAUUCCUGUUGAAUGUGGAAAUAACGCAGUUAAACCCAGUACCGGAGCGAUUAAAAAAUCUACCUCUAGAAAAAGGAGAAAGAAAAAAACUGAAACCGAACAAAACGCGAGAAAAAUUAAUUCAUUUAUUGUAGAAGAUCAAAUGAUUGCGGAUGUAUUAGGAGAUGAAACUAAAUCAGUAGAAUUGGAUCAACAAUGGGAAGUGAUUAACAUAUUCAAGCGAAUAAAAGACAUUAAAGGAGUUACUAAAGAUGCUAAUGGAGAAAACUGCACUUUGCCUUGUAUUAACGGAAGGGAUAUUAGUUGGGAGGAACCACUGAAUAUUGACGUAGAUCAAGAAUCUGUGAAAAAUGAAAUUUUGUGUACCGUUAAAGGUACAGCUUAUUUCAUAUCGAUGCUUCUUCAAAGAAAUAUAUCACGUAUAAAAGCUAAUUCGAUGUUAGUCGAACCAAUAGAAGAAAUGGUUACAAGAAUUCAAAAAUGUUAUAAUAAAAUGAGAUUUGUUGAAUAUUUUGGUCGCCCAUACCAAAUUUUUGAUGAACAGGUAUUUCCAUAUACCUUGAGACACAAUAAAAGCUUGUACUUGAUUAAAAAAGACUAAUUUUAAUUUUACAAAUAUAAGUUUUUUAAAA